UACAUGGUGUUUGUUACGUGGUGUGUGUUAUGUGGUGUUUGUUAGGUGGUGUGUAUUAUGUGGUAGGUGUUACGUGGUGUGUUUUAUGUGGUAUGUGUUAGGUGGUGUGUGUUAUGUGGUGUGUGUUAGGUGGUGUGUGUUGGGCGUCGUGUGUUAGGUGUUGUGUGUUAGGUGGUGUGUGUUACGUGGUGUAUGUAUUUGGUGGUGUGUGUUACGUGGUGUGUUACAUGGUGUUUGUUAUGUGGUGUUUGUUAGGUGGUGUGUGUUACGUGGUGUGUGUGUUAGGUGGUAUGUUUUAUGUGGUGUUUGUUAGGUGGUGUGUGUUACGUGGUGUGUGUUAGGUGUUUUGUGUUAGGUGGUGUCUGUUACGUGGUGUGUGUUAGGUGGUGUGUGUUACAUGGUGUGUGUUGGGCGUUGUGUGUUACGUGGUGUGUGUUAUGUGGUGUGUGUUACGUGGUGUGUGUGUUAGGUGGUGUGUGUUACGUGAUGUGUGUGUUAGGUGGUGUGUGUUACGUGGUGUGUGUUAUGUGGUGUGUGUUAGGUGGUGUGUGUUAGGUGGUGUGUUACAUGGUGUGUUAGGUGGUGUGUGUUACGUGAUGUGUGUGUUACGUGGUGUGUGUUAUGUGGUGUGUGUUAGGUGGUGUGUGUUACGUGGUGUGUGUUACGUGGUGUGUGUUGCGUUAUGUGUGUUGCGUUAUGUGUGUUAUGUGGUGUGUGUUAGGUGGUGUGUGUGUUAGGUGGUAUGUGUUACGUGGUGUGUGUGUUAGGUGGUGUGUGUUACGUGGUGUGUGUUAUGUGGUGUGUGUUAGGUGGUGUGUGUUAGGUGGUGUGUUACAUGGUGUGUUAGGUGGUUUGUGUUACGUGGUGUGUGUUACGUGGUGUGUGUGUUAGGUGGUGUGUGUUAUGUGGUGUGUGUUAUGUGGUGUGUGUUGCGUUAUGUGUGUUAUGUGGUGUGUGUUAUGUGGUGUGUGUUAGGUGGUGUGCAUUGGUGUAUUGAAGGUUUUGGCAUCUGUAGCAGCCAGAGAACAGAAAUUGAAACUGGCAGCUUUGGCACUGUGGCACAACUGCCUGCCAAACCCAAAACACACUACCACGCCAGUGAGGGAGCCUCAGCUCCCCUACGUUUACCCCCAAACACACACACACACACACACACACACACACACACACCGGCCAGCCAAAUGUCUACUGAAAGGGGUGAUGAGAUGGUAAUAGGCAAUGUAGAGGAAAAGCUCCAUGUUUAAACUGAGAACAAAGCUGGUGUUUACAGGGAGGCAAAAAUGAUCAGAGAGAGGAGAACAAGACAGAUACAGAAGAGAAAGACAGAUACAGAAGAGAGAGACAGAUGCAGAAGAGAAAGACAGAUACAGAAGAGAGAGACAGAUGCAGAAGAGAAAGACAGAUACAGAAGAGAGAGACAGAUGCAGAAGAGAAAGACAGACACAGAAGAGAGAGAGACAGAUACAGAAGAGAGAGAGACAGAUUCAGAAGAGAAAGACAGACACAGAAGAGAGAGACAGAUUCAGAAGAGAAAGACAGACACAGAAGAGAAAGCCAGAUACAGAAGAGAGAGACAGAUGCAGAAGAGAGAGACAGAUGCAGAAGAGAAAGACAGACACAGAAGAGAGAGACAGAUGCAGAAGAGAGAGACAGAUGCAGAAGAGAGAGAGAAACAGAUGCAGAAGAGAAAGACAGACACAGAAGAGAGAGACAGAUUCAGAAGAGAGAAAGACAGAUACAGAAGAGAGAAAGACAGAUACAGAAGAGAGAGACAGAUGCAGAAGAGAGAGAGACAGAUGCAGAAGAGAGAGACAGAUACAGAAGAGAGAGACAGAUACAGAAGAGAGAGACAGAUGCAGAAGAGAAAGACAGACACAGAAGAGAAAGACAGAUACAGAAGAGAGAGAGACAGAUUCAGAAGAGAGAGAGACAGAUUCAGAAGAGAGAGACAGAUGCAGAAGAGAGAGAGAGACAGAUACAGAAGAGAGAAAGACAGAUGCAGAAGAGAGAGACAGAUACAGAAGAGAGAGAGACAGAUGCAGAAGAGAGAGACAGAUGCAGAAGAGAGAGAGAUACAGAAGAGAGAGAGACAGAUGCAGAAGAGAGAGAUACAGAAGAGAGAGAGAGACCGAUGCAGAAGAGAGAGACAGAUGCAGGAGAGAGAGAGAAACAGAUGCAAAAGAGAGAGAGAGACACAGAAGAGAGAGACAGAUGCACACAGACAUGGCCAGAGAUAUUCAGAGUGCCCGAGCUCAAUAAAUGAAAAGAAGUAAAGAGGAAGUUGCUCCAGUGUUCCGUUUCUACCCGUUACACUGUCUGUAGCAGGAACACACACUCGACUAUGUGCACGACUGUCUGGAACGGUAACAUACAGAAGACUAAGACCAUUAUCGAUCGCUACUGACACUUAGUGACUUCUAAUAACUUCCAAUGACAUUUAAUAUGUAGUGACCACUAAUGGCCUCUAAUGUUCACUAAGGACUCUAAUGUCAUCUAAUUACCGCUAAUAACCUCCAAUGACCUCUAAUGACCUCCAGUGACUACUAUUAAGCUCCAAUGACCUCUAAUGUACAUGACACAGUACUGUACACAUGACAAAA